GUCCAAUCACAAGUCGGCCAGUUGCCUCACUCACUCAGUCAACACGAGCUGUGAAGUUUUGAAAGAUCACCGUGUUGGAUGCAAAAGCAGCAGCUGCUUGUAUGGAUUAUUAUUCUGUCUCUGCUCCACGCGUGCGCGCCUUUCCCUCUGCCAAGUUUCUCUGGAUCACGUUUCAGCCACCAGGUCAAUAUGAUUUGGACUAGAUCGCUAUAGGUGGAGCGGCGAAAGCUGCCAUAAAACAGACAAGGUCUAAUUACCGGACUUUGUGCUGGUGCAGCCUACACGUGAGUCGGAAGCUGUUCCCAACCGGAGGCGCGCGUGCGCUCUCACCACAGAGCCGACGGCUUUUGCAAAGUGGCAGCUCAGGGAACUAUAGACAUCAGUCUGAAGCGCAGCUCCACUGGAGGACACGCACCGCGCAUCAUCUCCCUCAGCCGUCCGUGCGCGAGCCGUGGAAUAACAAACAUUCCCCGAAGAAGCUCAGGAGGAGAGGAGAACCACAAGCAGACGAGCGAUGGAUGAAAGAAUACCGCAUUUACAGGACAGGCAGUUCAUGGAGCACGCGGAUUUCCUGGGGGUGGAUUACCCCUCUCUCUACAUGUGCAAGUCGAAAAGAGGAAUCAAGCGAGAGGAUGGCGGAAAGGACGCGUACAAGUUGCCCCACCGGUUGAUAGAGAAAAAGAGGAGAGACAGAAUCAACGAAUGUAUUGGACAGCUGAAGGAUUUGUUGCCCGAACAUCUCAAGCUGUCGACACUCGGACAUCUGGAGAAAGCGGUGGUCCUGGAGUUAACACUGAAACAUCUGAACGCACUGACUGCCGUGACCGAGCAGCAGCACCAGAAGAUCAUUGCUUUGCAGAACGGGGACCGGUCGAUGAAAUCGUCCAUCCACGCGGAUCUGGACGCUUUCCACACCGGCUUCCAGGCCUGUGCCAAAGAGGUCCUGCAGUACCUGAGCCAGUUUGAGAACUGGACGGCUCGGGAGCAGAGGUGCGCGCAGCUCAUCGGCCACCUUCACAAGGUGCUGGCGCAGUUCCAGCCCGGCGCGCCGCCGCUCCAGCACCAGCUCCCCGCUGGCGACGCGCAGGACGGACAGAAAGCCGACGGCCAGGCCAACUGUGUCCCGGUCAUCCAGAGGACCCAGGGCGGGGAGCUCAACGAGAACGACACGGACACGGACAGUGGAUACGGGGGCGAGGCUGAAAAGAGCGACGGCAAAGAGAAAGAAUGUGAGCGCGCCAAUGCGCAGGGACCCAAGGCGGUGAAGAUCAAACAAGAGUUUGGGGACGAUCGAGCCGCCAAAAAACCAAAGAUGAGCUGGUCCGGGAACGGCUUGGGGGGCGCGGACCCCAGCAGACCCGACCUGGCGUUCAUGAACUCCCUGAUGGGAAUAAGCAAUGUGGGACAGCAGACACCGAUUUGCAUGCCUUUCUACUUCAUCAACCCCUCGGCCGCAGCGUCCUAUAUGCCUUUUUUCGAUAAGAACAGCAUUGAAAAGUACAUGUACCCGGCGGCGGCCGCCGCGCUCGCGUCCCCGUUCCCCUGGCUAUACCCCGCACACGCGUCGGCGGCGGCGGCCGCCGCUGCAGCCGCCGCUUUCCCCGGCUUGUCUGCGCACUUUGGAUCCUCCUCCCAGUCCAAGGACUCCCUCUCUCCAGACGUCGACGGGUCACACGAGGCCGAGGCGGGCUCACCUGAGGACCGCGAGGACAGUCCCGCGAGCGACGACGGGGAGGCGGACGCGCUCGACGCGUCCCAGGAGAGCCAGAGCAGCCAGCAGGAGCAGUUUUCCGCCUGUCAGACGAGCUAAUUAUUCCGUGUUACCUCUCUGUGCAUUCUGAUGAAGAGUUUGUGUAUAUUCUUUUUUCCUUUUUUUUUUUUUUUUUUUAAAGGUUAGGCUUCUUUUCAACAGGAGAGUUUCUUUAUCUUGGUGAAACAGGGGGCAGUUGUGACGGCUUGUGCCUUUUGCACUUAAUGCUAGAUUCAACAAUCUGAAUGAUCAUCGACAAUGAUUGACACCACGCAGCUGUGUUGGGCUGCGCUGGAGUUAGUUUUUUUUAAUCCUCUUUGAUAAAAAAAAAAAGAAAAGAAAAAGAAAAUAUUUUGACAUGGCAGCAUUGGUGCCAAAACUUUGAGUAUUACAAUAGUGCGCAAUAUCCCAAUCAUGGAGUCUCUUUGGAUGUAUGAAGUUGCAACUGACCUCUGCCAAGAUUAUUAACAACUUGGCUGACUCUGACUGUAAAUAUUAUUACCCGAAAGAUAGCCUGAUUCAUUAACAUGUAAAUGUGCACUAAACGGGCCUAUCAAAGAAGCGCUCCUGGAAGUGUAACGCCUACAGUACCUCAUCCCCAACUUUACACGGGGUCAGGCUCAUUUGAGCCGAAGUUGUCCCUCUUGAAAAGAAUGAAAGGCUUUCCUUCUUUUUUAAAGAAAAAAAAAUACUACAAUAAAGACAUAAAAUCAGCUAUUUUAUCAAUCUGACACAAUAGUAAUGUGAUAAUUGGAGAUGUUUCGUCUGAUUUCCAACUCAUCUCUGCAAAGGUUUACUGGUUUUCAUUACCCGUUUCUUCAUGUGAGGAAUAAAGGUUAUUAAAAUAAUAAUAAUAAUAAAAAAUAAUAGACAAAAUCCUUCUUGUGUGAGGGUUUGUCUGACCAGCAUAGCAUACAUCCCCAGACUGCAGCUUCUGCACAGAGAUGCAGUGACCUCCUGGGCCACCAGGAAACAUUGUAGGAUAGCACCUUAUAGAUCUUUGAUAUUGAAUGUACCUGUAUUUUCCCAGCUGUUAAAAGUUUCUAUGUAGGAUGAUCUUUACUCUCUGAGACGUUAAGUGCACUUUUUCUGCUUUUACUCCCCCGGCCCCCAGCAGUCACCUUAUCAUUUUGAAAAGUCGAUCACUGUAGUUCUAUUUGAACAUUUCUAUUGUGUUGAGUUGUCUUGAUAUAUACGUAUAUAUAUUAAAAAAAAACGAGAUUUCAUUUCAUCAGAGAGAAGAGAAAACAGCUGCUUUGUGAUGAUUUCAUGCAGUAAAGUGGUGUUUAGGUCAUUCCCUUGAUUUUUACAAAACACUGCUUGUUUCUUGCUCUUGCAGGGGGGGAAAUCAUAAUCAGAUUAGAAAACCCUGCAGCCCAUUGCUCAUCAGCCAGUUCUGUGUUAAAGGCUUUCAUUAUGUAAACCUUGCUUUACAAAAAUUUUUUUUGUCAAGACCGGGAAAGAAAAAAAGGGGCCAUUGCCAUUUUAGAAACUUUAUCUUGGCCUCUUUUCUUUAAAAAUGAAAUCCUGCAAGUGUAGUGUUGCUCUGCUUUUUUAAGUUUCACACGUGACUGAGUAGAUUGAAGAUUUCUGUUGUCUUUUGCAUCCAUUACAUUGCUUUUGUUGUUUUCCUCAGCUGGUUUUUUUUUUUUUUUUUUGCCUCAAAUUUGUUAUCAACUGUUCUAUAAAGUGGCAUGUGUGUUUGUAAAUAGGAUUUUGGUGAUGAUACCAUGAAGUAUCCAUGUCCUUGUCAAUGUUGUAGAAGUCUUUGGAUUUUUUU